GUUGGUUAUCUCUGCUCGCCUCAUCUCUACUCCGUCCGUCUUAUUUACCACCAGAACCUGAACGAUUACUCUCUUGCUGAAUCAUUGCCCGACAUACAUCCGACAAUCUAUUCGAACAUGGAUUUAAAUAUGGCAUCGUCUGCUGACCAUCUUUCGGCCCAAGAGCUGGAGACUCUCUCCACCAAAGCUAUUUCUGCCAAGGACGUUGCGUACUGCCCUUAUUCAAAGUUCCGGGUUGGAGCCUGUGUUUUGACGCAAACAGGCGAGUAUUUUCACGGUGCCAACGUAGAAAACGCUGCCUAUCCUGUUGGGACCUGUGCAGAAAGGGUUGCAUUGGGGACCGCGGUUGUAGCUGGGCAUCGAGACUUCAAAGCCAUUGCUGUCGCAACAGACAUUGAGCCAGCAGCAUCACCUUGCGGCAUGUGCAGACAGUUCAUACGUGAAUUUUGCUCUUCAUCAAUCCCCAUCUUUAUGUAUGAUGGGCAAGGAAACUUUACUAUGAAAACUAUUGGAGAGCUUCUGCCGGACUCAUUCGGCCCAGACGACUUGCCUGGAGCCACGAAACAAUCUUAGGCAUCUGCGUUUAGGGCCUCAUUUCCGGCUCCGACGCGAUAGUAUGGAACACGUCUCCCAUAUAUGCAGACCUGACAGUCUCACUGGGUUCAUAAGACGCACUUCUCCUCUCUGGAUUGGCUUCAAUUCCAUGGUAAUAUUAUAACUAAAAUUCGCAAAGUGGCCAUAUAUGAUUGCUGAGCAGAGCGGCCCUCUCAAUUAAGGGCUUUAUUUGUAAGUCGAGGAGCGCGCCUUGUUAGACGUCGGGCUAGUGGCUAGUGUACUGGGAUCCAGGACCACGAUAGCAUUCUUGCCUCAUAGUCUUAAAAAUCUCAUCUCCUUGGAAACAUUUUCUGAUGCAUCACCUCGAUUGGCAUACAUCAACCUG